ACACUGAUUUAUAUAUAUAUUUUUUAUUUGUUUUUAAGCUUAUGUUCACUAUCGAACGCUCUGCAAAGUGGUAAAUUGCCUCAUACAGUAUUAAGCGUGUUGGCGGAAGUUUUGUCGAAAACCAAAACCACCACCCCUAAACCGGAAACGGAAGAUUCGAAAACCAAUCAGAUCCUCUCCCUUCUGGCCGCAAUUGCAGAAAACAGCAUCAAAAAGUCACCCUCGUCCAUCACAGACGAGAAGACUUCCAACGGGGAGAAGAGCAAGGACAGGUCACCUCUGUCACACAUCAUGUCCAUCAUCACGGGUGCCUCUUCCGAUGAUUUCAGUCCCGUCUCCCUGAUGAUCGACUUAAUGGCUAAUAACCAUUCUCCUCUCAGCUACUUGUCCAACUUGUUUCCGGUCCGUAGACGUCGUCCAACACCCCCUCAGGGAAUCGAUCAUCACGUGGUUUCCGAGACUAGUAAAGUGGAGGUGGGCCUACCACCUACGCCUUGCCCUUCUAUAGAAGAUUACGUCACUCCCACCUUCGCAAGAAACUAUCAAGGGGUGUGGAAAUAUGUCGUCCAGAUACCUAGCGAAGGAUACUUCACGCAAACAGUGCAACAAACCAAGUGUGUGAGGAACCGUUGCGAUUUCAUGGAAGGCGUCUGCCACGAAUCCCCUCGUUGGGUUAGUUUGCUAGUAGCUGAAGUAUUCUAUCCAAACACCUAUUUUCCAACUUCCACCCCAUUCACCACGUCGCAGAAUCCUUAUGAGAACGAGAUACCACCGGUGGAGGAUUUUAGUAACUUUCAACAGUAUUUGAAGAGAAGAGUGGGCGAGACGGACAGACCGACUCAACCGUAUCCUGUGUUUUUACAUCAGAAACAGACCGUUUCCAAUGUGAAAGAGACUUGCGACGGUUACGAUCAGAUAGGGUGCUACAUAAUAAGGGUUUAUUACGAUUGGUUUUUGGUUAAUGGUUCCUGUAAAUGUUGGAAACCUUCCGCUAGACAACUAUUUAAGUAUGAUUCGGGGAGAUCUUCAAAAACCGGUGAAGAAAACUGAUAAAAAUUAUAAACUAAGACCAUGAAAGGUGACCAACAUUAUAAAACUACAACACUUCACUUAAUAAUAACAAUAAUAAUAAUUUUAUUGGUUGAAUUUUAUGUAUCUUCGGUUCUGUUUCCAAUAAAUUAUAUAAAUAUUGACUUAAGUCUGAGAUGUAUUGAAUUA